AUGAAGGCCUUGCUAGAACAACCACAGGUUUCUUGCGGGCACUUCCUCUGGGCGCAGCCUAUACCUGUGUCUGCAGGUUGGCUUCGGCCACUUGGCAAGGGAAGGAGGAGGAGCCGCCCCGCCAAAGCCCCGGGCGCCAGCACAGACUUGGAUCAAUCUGCUGGCUCAUAUGGCGGCGACUGUCUCUGUUGUGUGGAGGGCAUGGUUGAGGAUGCGCCCUAUGCAGCAAGCUUUGGCGAGUCUGUGGAUCUGUUUGCAUCCGGUGGGACGAAUCCGAUACCCGUGUUCUGCUCUCGAAUACCGGACCAGAGGGCGUUUGCUUCUGAUGCCUUUCUGCUGGAUUGGACAGGCAAGUCUAAGACGACGGGUCAGAACAGUCCGAUCCCAAUAAUCUCUCGUUCUGAGAGCAGUGGCAGCGUGACUUUCAACACUACCUCCAUGCCUAUUGGCUCCUCCCGAGGACCCAGUCCACUGACCAUCGGCAUGUCUGACACCGUGCCGCUGGCGGUGGCCUUCACAGAGACCAUCAACGCUUUCUUCAAGGGGCAUGAUGCAACAAAGUCCAACUCAGGAGAAGAGGUAGCUAGAAACAGAUGUGCAGUGAAAACAACAGGCAAUUUGAUGAUGUCAUUCCCUGCUGGCAUCGUGAAAGCAUUCACAGAAAACCCUUCACCAUCAGUGCUCAGCUUUAAAAUACGCAAUGCAGCUAAACUGGAAAACGUCAUGCCAAACACACAGUUGUUGGUCAAAGACAAUGCCCAGAGUACAGCAGACAGCCAUGUGUUCCAGUUUGACAUGGGAGCUCUUGUUGACCACCUUCGGCAUCAGGGGGAACAGAACAAAACGGCGUCUUACUUCAAUAUUGAUAUCAUUAAAUAUCAGGUACGGGCUGAGCCUGGAGUUGAGAGCACUCCUCUACCUCUGGUUGUGUACUGGAAAUGCGAGGACAAGAAUACAGAGUAUCGCCUUGACUACCGCUACAAUGCCAGUUCCAUGGCCUCGCCUGCAACUCUCAAGAAUGUUCUCGUUGCUGUCAAUAUCAACGGAGGGGUCACCAAGAUGAAUGAAGAGAACAGUCGAGCAACAUGGAAGUUGAACGACAUCUCUGAGGUGAGCGAGCAGGAGAGCCAGGGAUGUAUUCGGUCCAAGUUUGAGUUGAAGACAGGUCCAAGUGUGCCAUCAACCACGGCCCUUCAAUUCAUGUGUGAGGGCACCACACUGUCAGGAGUGGAUUUUGAAUUAUCUGGCCCAGGCUAUAGGAUAUCACUAGCAAAGAAGAGGUUUGCCUCAGGAAAGUACUACGUGGACCCUGAACCUGAAAAUAAGUUAGUAUGA